UCCAUAUUUCAAUGUUCCACGUUGUAGUGGUUAUUUCACGCCAUUCCUCGUUAGUGAUCGCAGGCAGUAUAACCUAUCACACUAUUUUCACUGAACUUCGUUUUGUUUAUAUAUAUAUAUAUAUAUAUAUAUAUUUAUUAUUUCUGUUUUAUAAUGUCGACAAGAAACCCACAGUCUGUAAUGUUCACUAUAAUAUAACUAAUUUCACCAAAAUAUAACUACAGCAUCGUUACUGCGAAAUUUGUAACGGUCAUCUAUUACGGUGUACAUUUUCAUUCAUAAUUAUUGCAUUAACUGGGUUUUCGCUGAAAUUUCUGAGUGACAAAAUAGUAUAAAAUGCAUAUACUGUGUGCGAUCUGUACCGAGGAUUUCCGAUCGUUAGAUGAUGUUUCUAAUACACCAUGUGGUCACACUUUCCAUUAUGGCUGCUUAUUAACAUGGCUUGAAAGGUCAGAGACUUGUCCACAAUGCCGCGAAAGCACAACAGAACAUACGAUACACAGAAUAUAUUUAAAUUUUUCUGAUGACAGUAAUCUUACAGAUGUCUCAUCUUUAGAGGAUAAACUUAAUGAUAUACUUUUCGAAGUAAAGUUGAAGGAGAAUGUAAUCAAUAAUCUUACAGAGAAUAAAAAGCAAUUAGAAAAACAGACGAGUGAUUUAAGACAAGCAUUAAAAAAUGCUGAAAUGGAAUUAAUCACCAAGCAAGCUGCAAUUUAUACUUUUCAAAGACAGAUGGGGUUUUAUAAACAGCAAUGUGCACACCUAAGUACAUAUAAGAAAGGUUAUAAAGAACUAAGGGAAAAAGUUAAAAAUUUACAGAAUUUGCAAGUUAUAUUGGAGGGUUCUGAAAGCGAAAUGGAUGAAAUAUUAUACAGAACAACUGAUCGUACAGAGCUUUUAACAUAUAUCAAAGUAUUAAAAAGAGAAAUAACAACUCAUUUUACCAAGAGAAAGCUGCUUCAAUUAACGAUUAAGUCCUUAAAGCACAAAUUAAUAGAAUCUUACAAGAAGAGUGAAGUUUCAGAAGAAGAACAUAUUAAACGAAAGAAAUUAGAAGGAAAAUUAAAUAGCUGUAUAACUGAGAAGAUAUCGCUACAAAAUCAAUUUGUUGCGAAUAUGCAACGUGAUUGUAAUAACGUAUCUGUAGAGAAUGAAAACUAUUUGAGAAGUAACUUUGAAAAAUAUGAGAAGGCGAUAAGACAAGAGAAGAAAAUCAAUGCAAAAUGUUUGAGACUUGAGCAUGUUAUAAAAAGGAUAAGUUCAAAUCAUCUUCAUCAUCUUAAAAAGGAUGAUAGUUACAUUAUUAUUGAACCAGAAAAGAAUGAUAAAAAGUCUAUGAGACAAGAGGAGGAAAUCAAUGCCAUUAAUGAGAACAACUAUUUGAGGCUUCAGAAUCUUCUAAAAUGGAUAAAUUCAAAUCUUAUAGAGGAUGACAGUUGUAUUAAUACUGAGCUAGAUAAGAGUGAUAAAAAGUCGAUGAAACAAGAAGAGGAAAUCAAUGCCAUUAAAGAAAAUAAUUGUUUGAUGCUUAAAAGUCUUCUAAAAUGGAUAAAUUCAAAUCUUAUAGAGGUUAAUAGUUGUAUUAAUACUGAACCAGAUAAUAAUAAUAAAAAGUCGAUGAGACAAAAGGAGGAAAUCAAUGCCAUUAAAAAAGAUAACUAUUUGAUGCUUCAAAGAAUUCUAAAAUGGAUAAAAUUAAAUCUUAUGAAGUUUGAUAGUUCUAUUAAUAUUGAAUUAGUGAGUAAAUUAUUGAACAAAAAGUCGAUAAGACAAGAGGAGGAAAUCAAUGCCAUUAAAGAGAAUAACUAUUUGAGGCUUCAGAAUAUUCUAAAAUAUAUAACUGUAAGUCUUGGAAUCGUUGACAGUUGUAUUCAUAUUGAAGAUAACAACGAUAAAAAGUGGAUAACACAAGAGAAAAUCAAUGUUAGUAAGGAGAACAAGCGUUUGAGACUUGAAAACAUUCUAAAAAGGAUAAGUUCAAAUAAUAUUGAACUAGGUAGUAAUGAAAAUACUCCACAAAAUAUGAAAUCGAAGGAUUUUUUUUCAUUGAGUGAUUGUGGUAAUGAAGCAUUGAAAAGGACUUGUACCAAUUUGAAAAUAUCUCCAAUACUUGCGAAAAAGUCGAAAUUUAGUCAACCAAAUCAAAAAACUGUUUCAGAAAAUUGCAAUGGUAUGACUUGAUGGCUUUGGGGGACAUUCAAGGGCUGAUAUAUUUCCUAUUCCAAAGCUUGGUCAUUCUACUAGUUCAAGUUUGAGCUCGUACGUACAAAAAAUUAAGAUGGACAGGAAGAUGAGAAAAUUUAAACUUACAGGUGAUAAUCAGAAGCUUGGUGAUAUACUUCUGCUGGCUUGGCAAAACAGACAAUAAAAAUUAUAAUGUGUGUAAAGCUUAGGCAAUUUUCGUAUUAUCAAUAAAUUGAUUAUUUGAAAAAUA